AAUGUCGUGUUGUAGAACUUAUAGAUAAUGGUAUAAUAUAGGGUGGAUAUGGGUGAAUAGGUAUCUAAUUUUUGGAGUGAAAAAAGUUAGUAUAGUGUGUAAAAAUAAAAGUGUUGUGAAAUGGAAGUAAAUCUGGGUGAACCAGAAACCGGCGAGGAUGUACCAGGCAAGCAGAACGACGAUAAGCGGGAGGGUAACGUCACUUACGGAAUCGACGACGUACCCGCGUGGUAUCUGUGCAUCUUCAUGGCUUUGCAGCACUAUUUGACGAUGAUCGGAGCCAUCGUGGCGAUCCCUUUCAUUCUGUGUCCCGCGCUGUGCAUGCGAGAGACAGACCCUGAUCGAUCCACCAUCAUCUCAACUAUGAUUUUUGUCACAGGCCUCAUAACCUGGCUGCAGGCGACCUUCGGCUGCCGCCUGCCCAUCGUGCAGGGCGGCACCAUCUCCUUCCUCGUUCCUACCCUGGCCAUCCUGGGCCUGCCGGCCUGGCGCUGCCCUCCUACUGAGGAGUUAGAAGCCAUGACUGAUGAGGAGAGGAGAACCGUUUGGACUACAAGGAUGUGCGAGCUGAGUGGGGCUAUUGCUGUAUCGGCGCUAUUCCAGGUUUUUCUUGGAUAUUUCGGUGUGAUCGGCUCCUUGCUGAAGUUCGUGACGCCCCUGACAAUCGCGCCAACAGUAGCGCUGGUAGGACUGACGCUCUUCGACCACGCAGCGGACGCUGCUUCUGGCCAGUGGGGUAUCGCUGCUGGAACGUUCACGUUGCUGACGGUAUUCUCGCAAUGUAUGGGCGGUGUGAGUGUCCCCACGCUGUCCUGGAAACGGUCCACCGGCUGCUCGGUCCAGUGGUUCCCGCUUUUUAAGCUGUUCCCGGUUCUCCUAACGAUAGCCAUUAUGUGGUUCGUGUGUCUGAUCCUGACACUGACUGACGCCUUACCGGCGGGUCACCCGGCGCGCACGGAUCUCAAGCUGGUCAUUAUUGAGGACGCGCCCUGGUUCCGAGUACCUUACCCAGGCCAAUGGGGAGCACCGACGGUGACCGUGGCGGGCGUGCUAGGCAUGCUAGCCGGCGUACUAGCAUGCACAGUCGAAUCCAUUAGCUACUACCCCACCACGGCCAGAAUGUGUGCGGCACCACCACCUCCUCUCCACGCCAUCAACCGAGGUCUAGGCACUGAAGGUCUGGGUACGGUACUUGCUGGGCUCUGGGGGUCCGGGAAUGGGACCAAUACUUUUGGAGAGAACGUGGGGGCUAUUGGUGUCACUAAGGUUGGAUCACGGCGCGUGGUGCAGUGGGCAGCAGGCCUGAUGGUGCUGCAAGGGGUGGUUGGGAAGCUCGGAGCGGUAUUCAUCAUCAUACCACAGCCAGUGGUGGGGGGACUGUUCUGCGUCAUGUUCGGCAUGAUCUCGGCAUUCGGUCUAUCAGCCCUCCAAUACGUGGACCUCAACAGCUCCAGGAACCUGUACAUCAUCGGCUUCAGUCUGUUCUUCCCUCUGGUGCUGACGCGUUGGAUGGCCGCGCACAGCGGGGUGAUACAAACUGGAGUGGAAGCCUUGGAUGCUGUGCUGCAAGUGCUGCUAUCUACGUCCAUCCUUGUUGGAGGAGUCUUGGGAUGCUUACUUGAUAAUUUGAUUCCAGGCACAGACGAGGAGCGCGGCUUAGCAGCGUGGGCGAAAGAGAUGGCGCUAGAAGCCGCCGGCGCGACGCAAGGAGGUGACACUUACGAUUUCCCCGUCGGGAUGUCACUCAUACGCAGAUGGAAAUGGACAUCAUAUCUCCCAUUCAUGCCGACGUACGAAGCUGGCAAGUUCACGGGACUCCUGACGAGGAAAAAGGACAGCUAAUGGGGAAAAGAGACAAAUAACAACGCUGACCAAAAGAUGUACCUUAAGUGGCGCGAGUGGUACAGUCAAAUUUAAUUUCCUACCCAUUUUGUACUUUGUCACAGUGACAAUAGUAUGAGGUCUCUAGCGACUUUCAUAUUGUCACUGUGACAAGGUACGAAAUGUGUCGGAAAUUUAAUUCUUUGACUUAAAGGGCCCACUGACUAUCAGUCCGCCGGACGAUAUCGGCCUGUCAGUUGUUCGGUACUGUCAAACUUUUGUUCUAAACAGGCUGAUAUCGUCCGGCCUACUGAUAGUCAGUGGGCCCCUUUACAGACCUACAGAGGUACCUGGACCUGGAGGAGUAUUCAGAGUUAAAAUUUGAUAUUGAUUGGAUAUUAAUCUCAGUGUGUUCCUAAUGCACCAAUAAAUUUGCUACGUCAAACAGAACAAAUAUAUUCAAAUGAAUAAUAUAUUAAAUUAAAUUUAAACUAAGCGCAGUUGUACAAAAAACUAUUUCACGAUUUUACGUU